AUGUCUCGGAUACCGGCCUGGAAAAGGCUUGGUCUGAAGCUGAGCUCCGCGCAAGAGCUUCCAGAUGAAGCACUCGCCGUACCUGAAUCAAACGUCUAUUCGAAGAAACGCAAGCUCGAGCAUGAGACGAAUGGCCACAAAGCUAGCAACCAUGAAGGCGAUCAAGCGAAUAGUGCCGGAGAGAAUGGUCACAUGAGCAAUGGGAGCAAGAAGAGAAUGCUUUGUGAGACCAACAGGAGCUCCAAAGACCAUGAGAUGGGACCUACUCCAAGGACAGACCAGAAGUUAGCUACAGCCAGCCGUUCAGAGAAUUCACCAGAGUCGAUGAAAAAGAGCAGGAAGAAGUCCGAAUCAGAUCACCCAAUCGAUUCAGCUGUCGAGGACGCCCUCAACCCGCAAGCAAGCAGUCACGUGUCAGGGAAGCCGGGAAGUGAUCAAACAGACUUCGGUGUGAUUGGGACUGAUCCAAAGACACGCAAGAAGCCGAAGAAACAUCAGGCCACCGAAACUACUACUAACGACUCUAAAUCUUCGCCAUCUUCUGCAACGUUAGCCGCAACUCCACAGAAGGUCACUUCCACGCCAUCUAAAUCCCGCCGAAAGUCAGUUGCAUUUACACCAGAAACCAAACAAGAAGACGGUGACAGCGCACAGCAGCUCUUCAAGGCUUGGGUGCAGGAGCAGAACGACGCUGAUGCUGAAGCUGGAUUUACGCCUGAGCAGAUUGCGGAAUUUCUGUCUCCGCCGAGGAAAACCAUUGCAAGCGCGGAUGGUCCGAUCUCCCAGCCCGCAGGAGAGCCGGUGAAGAAGAGCAAGAAAGCCAAGAAGGAGAAAAAAACAAAGGCCCGCGCAUCUGACCCUGACUUACUUUCGUCGCCGAAAGCCGGCAAAGACCAGGAGGAGGCAGAACCCAGCCCAAACGACGAACAACCGUCCGUCGAAGAGCGAAAGUCGGCUAAGAAGGCUCUACGCGAAGCUCGAGCAAAACCAACACCUACAGCCCAGCCAACACCGCAGUAUCUAGAGUACCUGACCCAUUACCACACUAACCGUGACACCUGGAAAUUCAACAAAGCAAAGCAAACCGACCUCCUCAAGCACCUCUUCAACAUCUACCGAAUCCCUUCUCAGUACGACGACGCACUCAUCGCCUACAUCUCCGGCCUUCAGGGCCAAGCCGCACGCCAGCGACUGCGUGAAACCGCCACUGCCGUUAUCGCUGAGGAUAUCGGAAACCCACCAGCAGCAUUUGUCCAAGCUUCAACGGACGUCAUGGACGACCCCGCAGCCCGCAAAGCCGCUCACGACGACGCUCUGCGCGAGCGUCUCCGCAAAGAAAAGAAGCGCCGCCGAGAGGAAGACGAUGAGGAAGCCGCGCAGAGUGAGGAGUAUCAGCAGAAGCUAAAGCGACGACGAAGGGCGGAGAGGGUACUGCUUGCACUAGGAGGGCAGGAUGUGCCGAAUCCGCCUGAGUCGUCCGCGGUAGGCAACGGGGAGGUGAGGAGGAACGACGAAGCUGUGGCGGGGAAGAGGAAGCGGGUUAGGAAGAGGAGGGUGGAGGUGGUGGACGAGAGCAGCAGCAGUAGCGAUGAAGGAUCGGAGACGGAGAUCCCGUCGCCUGCGGCAUCCAGCGAUGGGAAGCCUGAUCGCGAGGGUGGCAGGGCUGAAGAUGGCGAGGACAGCGGAACUGAUGGUUCAGUCGACAACAGUAGUGACGAUGGUUCUAGCAGCGGAACUGACGGCUCGGCCUCAAGCGACGAUGACAAUUCAGACAUCAGCGGAACCGACAGCGAUUCCUGA